AUGCAGAGGUGUACAAAGGAGUGUUACCAGACGGAGAGACAAAUGGCUAUCAAGAAGCUGAUGAGACACGCCAUGGAAGAAGAAGAAAGAGUAAGUGAUUUCUUGUCUGAGUUAGGGAUGAUCGCACAAGUAAACCAUCCAAACGCAGCUAGGCUUCGCGGUUUCAGUACCGAUCGCGGUUUGCAUUUUGUGCCAGAGUACGCUCCACACGGCAGUCUCGCUUCUCUACUCUUUGGGUCUGAGGAGAAGUGUUUGGACUGGAAGAAACGGUAUAAAGUGGCUUUGGGUGUAGCUGAUGGUUUGAGUUAUCUUCAUAAUGAUUGUCCCAUACGUAUUAUUCACCAUGACAUCAAAGCUUCUAACAAUUAG